AUGAGCAGGUCUGGCGGCGAGAGGGAGGACAGGCCCGGAGAUGGAAGACAGCUGCAGAAAGCGCUGAACAGCUUCAUAAUAGCUUGUAGACGUCGAGAGCGCCUGAACCGUUCACGGGAUUAUAAUGAACUUGCCGCACCAAGUGGAUAUGUGGCUGCCUUCGCAUUUUCGAGCUGCAGGCUUCAUGCAGCGGUCGGGGCAUCGUACUGGUCCCGCGAGACAUCUCAGCAUUCGUUCUUCCCACUUCAGCGCAUUACGUCAGCCCACCUUUCCCUUCUCUUCUUCUUCCAUCCACCAACACCAACUUCAUUCUUUCAUGCCUCAACGUCCGUAACGCAAGCAUCAUGUAAUACCUCUCAGCAUCUAGACACUGCGGGCUGGCUUACCUCCGGACGAGCUCCAUUUCGACCCGUCCAUCCGGCCACCAUGCUCUCUCUUUGCAUCAAAUGCCGCGGGAUGCUCACCAGCAUCUCCAGUCAUUCUUGUGUUAUGGCAUCUCUAUGGUCUCAAUUCAAUCGUCCACACCAUUCCAAGGCAUAUUUGGACGUCUACUCGCACUUAAAUUGCUCCACGCCCAUGGACUGUGGUAUGCGCUUUAGACCGGCGAACCGCCAAACUGGCCUCACCGCCCAAGCCGCCUCAAUUUCAUCAGAGCACCCACGUUCAGGCCCCGUCAUGAAGGCACUUAAAGGUCUCCGAGAGCACAAACUGUGCUCCACACCCCUCCAUUGGCCGACCGCCAAGCUGGCCUCGCCGCCCAAGCCGCCCCGCUUGCACCAAAGGUCCCAUACUCGUUCUUCACGGCACCUAAACUCUUCCACAGCCAUGGCCAUGGACUAUGGUCUGCGCCAUCGAAUAGUCGACUACCAAGCUGGCCUCUCUGCCUGUUCGGCUCUCGAGUUGCUACAACUGCGGCAAGAUCGGCCUCUUCAGCAACAAGCAAGCUUUAUCCCAGGCCUUCAUUCGCUAUUCCUAUCAGUCAGGCAUCACAACGCUCCUAACCAUAUUAUGACGCCUUUCGCCAUUUUUGUAUACCGUCUUUUCACACCCAUUGGCCAGGAAUGA